AGCCGAGCCCACCCCCUUCCACUUGACAACGCGACACCGAGCAGGCAGAAAGGUUAACUUCUCGUCUUCUUCUCCUCCACCCACCCUAACCUGCUGUGUUGGGGAAACCCCUGAUGAGUGGGACCUGUAUCCAUGAGCCCCGUGCCCCUUCCCCCUCCCUGUCAGGCUUCAGCACCCCCAUCUCAGAGCCGCCCUAUCGAAGACUCGAUGGAGACACCCCUGCCUGUACUCCUGAAACUGACCUGACCCCCACACAGUGUGUCCUUCGUAACGUGCUGUCCAUUGACACCAGUGGACAGGGGGUGCCAGGCAGGAGCAGCCCCACCCCCAGCGAUGGGCCCUCAGCCCACUUUGACAACAGUGUGCUAAAACUACAUGAACAUGAGGCCUGCCAGUGCGGCGGCGGAGCCGAGGCAGGGCACAGCCCAGAGGCCGGUGUCGUUCGGAGCCAUUCGGAUAACAUUCGACUACAAAGUGGGAGCGGAGGCUUUUUGGAGGGACUAUUUGGUUGCUUAAAACCAGUCUGGACAAUGAUCGGAAAGGCCUACUCCACUGAACACAAACACAGCCAAGAAGAAUCCUGGGAGGUUCCCUUUGAGGAAAUCUCCGACCUACAGUGGGUGGGCAGCGGGGCACAGGGGGCCGUCUUCCUCGGCAAGUUCCACGGCGAGGACGUGGCUGUGAAGAAAGUACGGGACAUCAAGGAGACGGAGAUCAAGCACCUCCGGAACUCAAGCACCCCAACAUCAUCACGUUUCAAGGGUGUGUGCACACAAGCUCCUUGUUACUGUAUCUUGAUGGAAUAUUGUGCCCAAGGCCAACUGUAUGAGGUGCUGAGGGCUGGACGUAAAAUCACCCCUUCCCUCCUUGGCGACUGGUCCAUGGAUGCAGGUGGAAUGAACUAUCUUCACCUCCAUAAAAUUAUCCACAGAGACCUCAAGUCCCCCAACAUGCUGAUCACACACGAUGACCUGGUAAAGAUCUCAGAUUUUGGCACCUCAAAGGAGCUCAGCGACAAAAGUACUAAGAUGUCAUUUGCUGGAACUGUGGCCUGGAUGGCUCCUGAAGUCAUUCGGAAUGAGCCAGUGUCAGAAAAGGUGGAUAUCUGGUCUUUUGGAGUAGUGCUGUGGGAGAUGCUGACUGGAGAGAUUCCUUAUAAGGACGUGGAUUCAUCUGCCAUCAUCUGGGGUGUUGGAAACAACAGUCUGCAGCUUCCAGUACCUGAGAGCUGCCCUGAUGGAUUCAAGAUACUUCUCAGACAGUGCUGGAACUGUAAACCCAGGAACAGGCCUUCUUUUCGGCAGAUCCUGCUUCACCUGGAUAUAGCAUCAGCCGACGUGCUCUCCACUCCACAGGAGACGUACUUCAAGUCUCAGGCUGAAUGGCGAGAAGAGGUGAAGCAGCACUUUGAGAAGAUUAAAUCUGAAGGCACUUGCUUGCACCGGCUUGAUGAGGAACUGAUCAACCGGCGCCGAGAGGAGCUCAGGCACGCUCUGGAUAUUCGGGAGCACUAUGAGAGAAAACUGGAGAGGGCGAACAACCUUUACAUGGAGCUCAGCGCUGUCAUGCUGCAGCUGGAGCUCAAAGAGAAAGAGCUGCAGCGGAGGAGAACAGUCCUUGGAUAAGAAUAUCCAGGUCUGUUCAAGCACCACAGCUCCAGACAGAACAACUCCUCCAACUCCAUGGACAAACUCAUCAAGAAGAGAAAUGUCCCUCAGAAGCUGCCCUCAGGAAAGAAGACCUGACAUCCUAAAACGGAGGUGAUAAUCCCCAAAAGGAUUCUUCUGUGAUGCAAGUCACAAUUCCCAGCCUGUCCAAACCGAAACUCCACUUCUCCCAGUCGCUCACGGAGGGUAAAGACGCAUCGUAAGCCUGGAAAGGGCAGCAGUGGAGAUCUAGCUGGACUAAAGGUGAACCAGGCCUCACCUAACACGGACACGAGUGCCCAGUCUAACAGCUCCACCACAAACACCUCCAAGCAGCUCCUGGAACCCUCCGCCGCCAUGGUGUCCCUCAGCCACGAGCAGCAGCAGAGGCAGCUAUCAUCCUAGCCCGACCUCAUCUGUACCACGUUAGAAGCAGAAGGUCAGGGAAAAGGGGAGACUUCUGUGAGUGGGCUGGAGAGAGGGGGGAGCCUCAGUGCUUCUGCAGGUUUAGGAGGAUCAGAAGCUGGGGGUGCUGGUUUGGAUGAUCUCACAGAAACUCCUCCACGCAGUGAUACUCCCAGCGAGGAUGCGGCAUCAUUUCCUUUCUCCAGCAGCCCGACAUCACCGUGUGGAAGGGGGGCAGCAGCUGGCCGGGUAUCCUUGAUCUCCACGCCUGCCCAUGACGGGGAGGACAAAGAGGAAGGAGCUGGUGCUGUCAGAUUGCCUCGAGGGGCAUCGGGAGGACUUGGCACUCAGCACCUCACACCUUCAGCCAUCCUAUACAGGGCAGCUAUCACACGCAAACAGAAGCGUGGAGUUUCAUCAGAAGAGGAGGAGGGUGAAGUUGACAGUGAGGUUGAGUUACCACGGAGAAGACGUCCGACCAGCAUCACAAAGUGUCAGUCGGUGUCCACAUUCAGCUCAGAGAACUUGUCAGUAUCAGACGGCGAGGAGGGACACACGACUGACCACUCUCACAGCGGCACUCCUGACGUGGUCAGCACCAACACAGAUGACAGGUUGGAUGACCGCAGUGACGACCUCCUCUCUCAGGGGUCAGAGAUCCCGGCGGAUAACACUGACCCUGCGCAGGUGUCCGAUGGCAUGUCGGAGAGAGAUGGCAUCCUGGGCCAGGCCAAAGCCCAGCUGGACGUAGGGCAGAAUCCAAAUGAGAGUCGGGCCCUGUGUGAUGAUUCUGACUGCGACAGCGCCGAGUUGGAUCAGUCUGGCAGCGGAGAGCCCAGCCGCCCCCCCAGCGCUGGUGCAUGGGUACCACCACCUCAACUGCCGGUUUACCAGGGGUCACCACAGGCGCCCUCUACAGGCCUUCCAUAGAUCAAUCAAAGACAUUGAGCCACCCUUUAGCGAACAACCAUCACGAGCAUCACCAACCUGUGCAGUUGCCACGAAGGAACGCACCGAGCGCACCACUCAGACAACAAUCUGGCAAGCUGUCACAUGAUUUGUUGGCUGGCAAACCAGGUGACACAGGACAUUUGUCGUAAUCUGAUGUCAGAUCUUUUGGCAGCUUGUGACAUUGGAUAAAUCUUUUAAGUUUAGGGUUUUUUUUUUUUUUAAGCAGUUACCAUGGUAACCUUUGCCGCUGCUUCAGUUCAGCGAAAAACCUUUAUACAGAUGCACAUGCACGCACAAGAUAACACUUGUUGUCCUUUAAACACUCUAACCCUCACUCGGGGAAAAAUCCUUACACUCGAUACACUAAUGCAUUAAAUACUAACCAAUAAUAAUGUAAAUAUUCAUUCCAUAAUGUGUAAGAAAUAUCAAAUUUUAUUUUAUUUGUAAGAUAAUAUGUAAAAUCUAAAUAGUAUGCAGCCCUAUGAACAAAAUGCAUGACUACAUGUUUAUAAUUUAUGCCUCGGAUGUGUCUGUUUUAUAUUUUGUGAAAGUUUACACUUUUUUAAACCUGAAAGUAUUACUUUUGUUUUGUUAUUAAAUGUCAACAGUCCCAGCAAAAAAGACAAAAUUAACCAAGACAUCAGUCAUGAUGCUUCAUUCGGGUUCUCAGUGGAGGUUUUUUUUUUUAAAAACCCUUCUACCAGUUUUCAAUAGUCAGGUCCAUAAGUAUUUGGACAGUGACAGUUUCUUCAUGACCACACUGAAGUC